AUGCGUACCAGUGCAACUCUCCAGUUUAAAGUUGCCGUCCUCGGUGCUGCCGGUGGUAUUGGUCAACCGUUAUCGCUUAUCCUGAAAACCAAUCCUCUUGUGUCUCACUUGAGUUGUUAUGACAUACAUGGUGUGACAGGCGUGGCUGCAGACCUCUCGCACAUUUGUUCUCCAGCUAAGGUGACUGGUCACCUGAAAGAUGAACUUCACAAAGCAGUUGACGGAGCUGACGUUGUCAUCAUCCCCGCGGGCACACCGCGAAAGCCGGGGAUGACUCGCGAAGAUCUCUUCAGUGUUAAUGCAACGAUCGUUCGAGACCUCGUAUCGGCUUGUGCAAAACAAUGCCCCAAGGCUCUUAUCGGUGUUGUUUCCAACCCUGUCAACAGUGUUGUACCUAUUGCUUCGGAGGUGCUCAAAAAGGCUGGUGUCUUUGACCCUGCUCGCCUCUUUGGCAUAACCACGCUUGAUGUGGUGAGAGCUCGAACAUUUGUGGCUGAGGCCGCUGGUAAGAGUCCGUAUGACGUUAAUGUUCAGGUGGUGGGUGGACACAGUGGUCCGACUAUUAUUCCAUUAUUAUCUCAAGCUGGUGUAUCAUUGACGGAGGAACAAGUCAAGGCUAUAACGCGACGAGUGCAGUAUGGCGGUGACGAAGUUGUGAAAGCUAAAGGAGGGGCGGGUUCAGCAACUCUUUCAAUGGCGUACGCCGCUGGGGAAUGGAUGUCCUCCGUGUUGAAAGGGCUUCGUGGUGACAAGGGUAUCGUGGAGUGUACGUAUGUUCAGACGGAUAUUAUUCCCGGCGUGAACUUUUUCGGUUGCCCGGUGGAACUUGGGAAAGGUGGCGUUGAAAAGAUUCACAAACCUGUGUUUGACGCGUAUGAACAGAGUCUUUUGGAGAAAUGUGUUGCGGACUUGGAGAAAAAUAUCGCAGCAGGUUUUGCCUUCGGUUCCAGACAGUGA